UUAGUGCGACGGAGUCGUCUUGUUUUGUUUACAUGCUAUAGCUACAGCGUGGUCUGUGUUUUUUGUAAGAAUGGCAACCCCCAAACCCGUCAACGUCAGUUCCGUGCCCAUCGACGCCUUUAGCAAUUUAAGAAUUACAUCCAUUUGGACGUUUCUCAUGUCUGUGAAGUGGUCGGAACCUUGGCUUAUCGGCGGUGUUGUGUUUCACAUAGUGUGUCUUUGCCUGACUAUAGUGACGUGCAAAUAUUACAGAGCGCAGAUCUGCCACUUCCUGCUCAUAAUCGUCUUGGUGUACAGUGCUGAAUAUUUAAACGAGCUGGCAGCAAUGAACUGGAGGUCGUUUUCCGAGUUCCAGUACUUUGACUCCACGGGCAUGUUUAUAUCGUUGGUCUUCUCCAUCCCGUUGCUUUUGAACGCUGUCAUCAUUGUGAUUGUGUGGUUGUACAGGACCUUCUCCACCAUGGCCGAGCUGAAGACGCUGCAGCUGAAGCAGAAGGCGCGCCUAGCCAAGAAGCGUGAUUAAUCCUUUUCUCUGGAAUAUCAAAAAGGACUGGAUUUUUUUUUUUCAGUGGUGGACAACCCGCGGCCCCCGAACGCACAAACCCAAAAACAAAUACAACCCCAGAAGAACCGUUCUGACCCUGUUUCCUAAUAAGUGUGUAGAAAGAUUUUACAAGAUGAAUGCUCUGUAUUUAAACGUGUUAUUAAAUGUGUUUUAUUGCUAUGAUAAA